AUCAGCUGGCGCAUGCUUCCCAUCUCAUUUUCUCAUCGAGUGCUGAAAAGAUGCACAAAUUGAAGUACUCUCAAAAGGAGAAAGUUAAGCAGUUCAUAGCAUUUACUCAGACAGGUGAAAAAACAGCAAUAUAUUGCCUUUCCCAACAUGACUGGAAGUUGGAUGUUGCAUCUGAUAAUUAUUUCCAAAAUCCUGAACUGUACUUUCGUGAACAGAAAGCUACAGUUGACAAAAAAAAGUUAGAAAAUUUAUAUUCAAAAUAUAGAGAUCCUCAUGAAACUGACAAGAUAACUGCAGAAGGAAUUAUGAGGUUCCUUGAAGAUCUUAAUUUAUCCCCUGAAAGUAGACUUGUUUUAAUCACAGCAUGGAAAUUCAAAGCAGCUACUCAAUGUGAAUUUACAAAAGAAGAAUUUGUUACUGGAAUGACAGAACUAGGGUGUGAUUCUAUAGAAAAGUUGAAGCACAGACUUCCUACUCUGGAGAAUGAAUUGAGGGAUUCUAUGAAGUUCAAAGAUUUCUAUAAUUUUACAUUUAAUUAUGCAAAAAAUCCUGGUCAGAAAGGCUUAGAUUUGGAUAUGGCAAUAGCAUACUGGAAUAUUGUUUUGCCUGGUCGUUUCAAAUUUUUAGACAUGUGGUGUCAAUUUUUACAGGAACACCACAAAAGAUCUAUUCCUAAAGACACAUGGAAUCUUUUACUGGACUUUUGUAAUAUGAUUUCAGAUGAUAUGAACAAUUAUGAUGAAGAAGGUGCCUGGCCAGUUUUAAUUGAUGACUUCGUUGAAUGGGCGAAACCUAUCCUAAAUGCUGGCCGCAGCACACAAGUGUGAUAUUCAUUAAGUACUUUAAACACUUUAAAGGUGCAUCUUUCAUUGUUUAAAGAGUUUUAUCAUUUCUUCAGCAUUUUUGUUACAAAACUGUAGGAUAAGCAACUGUAAAUAAUUCAUCUGAUUGCAUUUUAGCAAUAGAAAUUCUUUAAAGGACUUGGUUCCGGAAUGAAUAUUUCUUACAGUGAUAAAUAUUCAAGAUGUUUGAAAGUUCUUCAAAUAACGUUUAUACAUUUGUAAAUUGUUUCACCAAAAAGAAAAGCUAAGUAUCUUGUCUCACGUCUAUGAAUUCAACUAAGUUUUUUAAGAUUUAAAAAAUCAUUUUAUUGUUAAAUUUUGUUAUGCAUUAAAUGUUCCUAUUUUCGGUUUAGUCAUAAUUAAACAAGAAAAAACAUACUUUUCACAUUUUAUUUUUCUUAGAAGCCAUAUAUUUGUAUAUACUCAACCAUAUGCCUAAGAUUUAAUUGCUUGCUUUUGGAAUGUAAGAUGAGCUGUUUCUGUGAAAUAAGUGAUGUGAAAAUGUAGUUGUUGUUUGAAUUGUUACAUGGGUGAUAUAUGUGUAAAUGUUAUGUAAAUAUUUUAAGAAUCUUGAGAUUGUGUUUUAAAUUUGAAAUUCUAUUAGAAAUUUGAGCUUUAUUUCUUAAUACUCAUUCAUAAACACGAUCACUAUGAGGCUCGUUUUCUGUUAUUUACGUUUUAAAUUUCUUUUCUCGUCAUAUCCUCAUAUGAUCUUUUGCAUUGAAUAAUAUUGUCAACCUUUACCUCUGCAACAUGAGAUAAUAUGUGCAGUGAUCCAAAACUUGUGCGGAUGUGUGCUCUGACACGUAUUUUUAAGUUCAUUUUAUGCCGAUGCAGCUCCAAAAUGCUUUCAUUAUCAAAAUCUCUCUUUUCAAUUUUCUUUUGAGACAUCUGUAAAUUUUUUGGGUAGUUGAGAGUUUUUCAUUGGCAUACCAUUUAGUAAUUUCUUGAAUGAAAAAGAUUAUUGCUAAAAUUGCAGAUAUUUGAUAAAAUUUGCUUUUUUUCCUUAAAAAUGGCUGAUACUGCUAAGAUAUUAUGAGUCUUGUCCUAGUAAACAAAUGAAAAGUCCUCUGUUGAUACCCUCACAACAAGCUGUGCAAAAAUUUACAAAUUAGUUAUUGAAAUCUUAAGCUUAAAUAUAUAUCUUUUUUUUCUUUUUUGUCUUUGUCUCAACAUUUACUAAUUGAAAAAUCGUCAGAAAAAAAAAGUCAGGGCUCAUGUGUGCAAUCUUAACCUUUAAGAAUAUGGAGGGCAUACUGCGUACGCCACUCAGUGAGAAAGCAGCUGUGAAUUUCAGAAUAGUCACUUGACCAACAUUUGGUUAUUAUUUACCCUAUUUCUAAGGUCCGUUCAGUGACAUACUGGUGUUUAAAGUUGAAAAUUGCUCUUUUCUCUUGUUCUUUUUGAUUAUUUUUUUAUAGAAACCACACGUGAAUGUAUGCAAAAGCAUAUAAAAGUAACAAUACAAUUGUGACAACUGCAGUAAUUGUUAAAUAAAUUCCAACGAGUUGUCUAAACAAUUAUAAUAUCAUUUGUAUGUAUAAUUUUUUUUUUUUACUUCAUGAAAUCUGCAACGUUAUCAUCAUUUUUUACUUCAUUUUAUCGUAUUCAUUUUAAUUGUAUCCCUAUGUUCAUUCAAUUAGAUCUUUGCUUUGUAUUAAAUAGGAAAAUCUUUAAACAUUGAUAGUUAAGCUUUGAAAAAUGCAGACGUACGGAGUGCGCCACCCGUGUUCUUAUGUUACUUCAAACCGUCCAUGUUCUUAAUCGUUAACAGGAAUUGAAUCUUUACUUUUCAAAGAAUUUCGUAAUGGUCAAAGAGUGAAUGUAUAUUUUUUAAAAUUAUUAAACCUACUCUAAAAAAUUUAUUCUGUGUUUUUUUUUAAUUUCAGAUGGAAGCCCCCCCCCCCCCCCCCCGACCCCUUCUGAAAACUAGCAGCAAUUUAUUUUAACAAAUUUCAACUAAAAAUAGUUUAAAUUUGAUUGUGGUUAAAACAUUUGUUAAUGAAAUACUUGUAGUUUUAGUUCACUUAAGAAUUAAGUAAGCUGUUUUUAAGUAAUUAAUGUAAAAUUGGAAGAAGGAGAAAGAAAAUCAAACCUUUCACAUUGAUGUUAUUAGAUGCAUAUUUGAUCUCCUCAAAUAAAUUUCUAUUAAUGAGAAAAGUUUUCAAAAUUUGUUUUCAUUAUUUGUUGAGAGGGCAGGGUAUUAUUUAUUCUUAAUGCUAGCAAAGCUGUGUGUUAUUUAAAGUUAUAACAUCAUUGCUUUUUAUGAGUCUUUGGAAUAAAUAGUUGCCCUUUAAAUAUUUGAUCAAAAAACUGAAGCCUAAUGAAAUAGUAAUGUUUAAGCAGGGGUGUCCCCCUCUUUGAGCAAUGGUGCACCCCCCAAAUAAAAAUUGCAAAGACCCGUUUCUCCCAAAGCAAGAGUCUCCCUAAAAAAAGAGAAAAAUACCUCACAACCCCCCCCCCCCCCUUAAAAAUUUCAAUGGCACAAUCUGUGCCAUGACCUACACUAGGUUGCCACCUCUGGUUUAAGCUUAAGCUCUGGUUUAAGCUAAAGCAAACAUUUUUUUAAAUUGAUUUUCUUUUUCUGUUAUAAGGAAUUUUUUUAAAUGAAAUUUGAGACUUGGCCAUGAUUUUUUUAAAAUAUUUUACUCAGUAUAUUUACCUUUAAUCAUUCAUGAUUUUCACUUUAGUUUAUCAAGUAAGCCUUCUUUUGAACUUUUUGCUAAGAAUUUCAGAGAUAAAUUCUGAAAUUCCUAAACAAAACUUUUCAAAAUAGUUCAUGAUAUGGCUCUUGAAUAAUAAAUGCAAGUAUUAAAUCAAUGUUUGAAUUUGAGCUGUUACCUGAAUAAUAUACCGCCAAUGCAAAGGGUUUUGACCAAAAAACAUUUUUUCCUCUUAUAAAUAUAUAACUUGUUUUGUUUUUUCUUUUUUAUUUAUGUUUUUUUAAAUUUUACUAUCGAAUCUUGUUUCAAAAUUAACUAAAGCUAAUCAUUCGAAAAAAAAUUUAAUGUGUAAAUGCUAAUUGUUCAGGAAAUAAUCCUUUCACUUUAUGCUUUCUAAUCAAGAAUAGGGUGAAUUUCAAAGACAAUUUGGAUAAUUAAAUACUGAAAAAUAACUAAGCCCAUUUAAAAAUUAAUAGUUUCAAAGUUUCUAAAAAAAUUCAUUAUACAUAAUAUUAAUUACAAGCUGUUAAAGUUUAUCCAAUUAUUGAUUUUUAUGCGUUAAUAAUUAAUGUUUGCGGGCUUGUUCCAAAAGCAUUUUUUCUCUGCUCUAAAAUAGUUAUUUUUCUGCUCUGAAAAAUGCUCCAAAGCUAUUGGAAUCAUUGUUUGUGGCAACAUGUACCAUAAUGCAGACCUGCCAACCAGUGGUGUACCAGCAUCACCAUUGCGCAGCGGGCGCAAGAGGUGUGUGGGCGCACGCUCUAGAAAGAUAACACAAUGUUAAAAUUGGGGUAUAAAGCUUGCGGGGCGGGGGGGGGGGGGGCACCAAAGUCUAUUUAUGCUACUGCUGCCAACUCUCGUUUUUUGCUCAUUUCUCCAGGUUUUACAUUUAUGUAUCAUUUUCUCCCGUUUUUCUUCAGAUUUUUUUAUUUUAUCAUCAUUUUAUCGUAAUUUAUUGAGAUUUUCACUUGUAAAAGAAUCCUGAUCACAGGGCACUGCCACAUCUUCUCGACCUCUCCAUGACCUGAUGGCACCACUGUUCUGUAUAGUAUAUCAUAUGCACAUGGGAAAAAGGCUUAGACAAUUUUCCAGCGCACUGCAGGUGAUUGGACAGCAAUCCUUUAGCAUCUGUUUCUGAUUUGUCCUUUUUCUGAUAGUUUCCUAUGUUUUACGCUAUGCAAUGACUAUUGAACUGGAAUUAAAAAGUAUUUUUGGCAUCCCUUGGUUUCAGGUCCCCCCCCCCCCCUAAAAAUUGCGUUUAAUUGGUUUGAAAUAAAAGCCUAUUGUUCUUGAAUCCAUAGGAAACUCUGAUGACUUUUUUUUUCCAGAUGAUAUAAACUUCAUUUUACAACUUGUAGUGCAUAUUCUCCCCCACUCAUCAAUGUAGCUAAGGUUUACUUAAAUAUCUUUGGCUAUAACACUAAUGUGAAAUGUUUUUUUUUUUUUUUUUUUUUCAGUAAAUGUUUGAAGCUUUUGUCAUUUGUAUGCUAUUUUACAAGGAAUAUUUUUUGUCUGAGAUGUUGUUAAAUUCAUAUUUUAAAUUAGUGUACUUUAAACUAAAUAUGCUUGAUAAAAUCAUAUUUUUUCCUCAAAACACAUUGUUUAAAAUCUUGUUUUCUCCCCAUGAAACUUUGACCUAAUCUCAUGUUUUUUCGUUUCAUAAGGUUGGCAGGUCUAGAAUGGCAGGUACACAGAUCUUAAAAUAAAAGGCUCUUUCUUUUUUUUUUCUUUAAAGUUAAAACUGGCUGAUAUUUCUAUUAAGUUUAAAUCUUGGCAAAUCUUUCUCUUAAAACCAUUGCAAACCUUUCUCUUGAGUUCAAAUAUUGGCAAAUCUUUCUCUUAAGUUUAAAUCAUUUGUUGGUAAAUUAUACAAUAAAAUACAAUUUUGCAUCAUGUAAUGUUGGAGUGCAAAUCAAUUUAGUGGAAUAAAAUUUCAAAUUACUUUUAUAAGAGAUUUAACUGUAUGUGACUUGGAUGUCUGUGGUAUUUUAGCAGCUAUCAUGGCAUACAACAAGUAUGUUGCUGGGUUUAGUUUUGUAAAGAAAAUAUUGCCACUUCAUAUACUUUAAAACUUCAAAUUAUUAUUUUUUUUCUUGCCUCAAAUAACUCUAGAACUUGUGAUGCAAAAGCAUUUAUGUUAUUUGAUUCUUGAAAAUUGACAUUCAAUAGAAAAUGUAUGAUUAUUAGUACUCUUUCUGCAAAUGUCUGUCAAAAACAGUUAAAUAUAUCUUUAUUUCCUUCUGUGUUUUCUAAAAAUGCAAAAUAAAAUUCU